GAGCUGAGCGGAGCCCGGAGAAGAGAUGCGCGCGCGGGAGCGGGGGCGCUGCGGCCGCUGUUGCUCUCCUCCCUCUUCCUUCCGCUUUCUUGCUCCGCGGCUGCUCUGGCUCGGCUCCCCUCGCGUCUCGAGCCCCUUUAAGAAGCCGCCGCGGAGCUCCUUGACGUCACCCGCCGCCCGCGGAACUCCCGCCCGCCCCGAGGAGCACCAGCUGCAGUAGCAGCAGCAGGAGGAAGAAGAGCCGCGUCGCCCGCCCGCCCGGUGAGUGGCUUCGAGGGCCUGUAGAGCAAAGCCUCUCCGGGUAGACCCCCCUCCCCCCACGUCCAUCGCUCCGGCCCCUUGCGGAUCCCCCCGAUGACCCCCCCCCCGAUCCUCAGCACGACCAGGAGCAGGAACAGGCCGAAGCUGCAGCGGUGGCAGCAGCGCCCCCUCUGUUUGCCGGGCUCCGCCUGCCCCUCGCCUUGCACCGACUACCCCGAGGCGGCAUGGACUUCUAAACGGGGGCUCCGAGAGCGACUCAGCCCCGGGCGACGCCUCGGGAAGAGGGGCACUCUGCAGGCGCUCAGGGGCACUCUGCGCACGGCCCAUCCUGGCAGCUGGGGGUGGGCAGCAACUCCGUCCCGCUCCUUGUCGCUGGGCAGGCGCCCCCCCUCGCCAUCCCCGCUACAGCCCUGCACAGCAAGUCCUGGGACGGCCCCCACCAGAGCUUUCCCCCGCCCGCACGCACGGCUUUUCUCCCGCCGCAUGAUCGUCCUGCAGCAGGCACAGGCAGAUUUAGGGCGCCCGGAGGCGAGCCGGGCCAUCGGGGUCCCCCUGGCUCCGGGUGCUGGGCAGCGGCUCCCCCAGGCGACCUGGAUAUGCUGCGGACCUUUCGCAAGCCGAUCAACCCCCCUCCCUCCCCCAAUCAGGAGAGAUAAAAAUAAAAAUCCACUUGCAAGAGAAAUACUAGUGUCCGCCCCCCGCAAUCUUCUUAUUCAAACAGCCCCUUGCCAAAAUCACUUGGUUAGGAUGCAGGAGCCUGGUGUCGCCGGCGGGUUAGACCUUGGCCGGGGACAAGCAGUAGCGCCUGGACUCCCCUUUCCGAGCUUGGAAUGGGUCCGUCCCCGCCUGAUUAAAAGCCAGCUGCUCUUAGGCCUCCUUGCGGGCGGCGGGGUGGGGGGUGGGGGGUGGGGGUGGGGGUGGAUUUAAUUCCUAUCUUCUUUAGAGACGGGGAGGCUGUGCCAAGGCCGAGGGAAGCCAGCCUGGAAAAAGGAGAAGAGAAACCCCAAUCGUCCCCGAACGACUCCCCAGGCUUUGCUCUCUCUCUCCCAUCCUGACAUGGCUGUUGGUUGCAAGAAGGACCCUGUGAUGGCUGCCCAGUUCCUGCACAGCUGGGUUCAGGCCCUUGUGUUAACUUUGGAAGUCCUGCACAACGUAGGGCCAGGGUACCCUAGGGACGUCCUGAGCCCUCUGAUCCCAGCUCCCUGGCAUCAUGUGCAGGCGUGUUGUUGGCGUCUCCUGAGUUGGUGAGGCUUAUCUGACAGCAAGUGAAAUAGAGCCUGGAGUGCCAGGCUCUGCCAGGAGAGAUUCCGCUGGUGCCCCUUUGGCUUCAGCUUUUAAAUGCCUGCUGAAAAGUUUCCUGUGAUGCCAGGUUGCAUUUGCAGGCUAUUAAGAGCACCUCUUUCCAUAAUAAAUACCUGGUCUCCGAUUCUAAAUUUUGUUUCAGUUCUGUAGAGGUAUUAUUGUAAACUGCUUUGAUUUUUCUUAUGAUACAGUGGUAUAUAAAUAUUUUAUUUUUAUAUUUUUUUAAUAAGGCUAUUGCUUUAGUGGUGGUGGGGAGCCAGGAACACUAAAUGAGAUCAACCAAGUGUUGCAAGGCCUGGUUGAGACAGUGAGGAACACCCUUUAGCCGUCAAUUGGGGCCCUUUUAGGUGACCCAUUUAGUAGGCUUUCUUUGUGAUUUCCUGCACAAAUUUUACACAGUGGGUUUGUCUCCAGUCAGUUCAUCAUCCCCUUACCCUGGUUUGCUUGAGGAGUUUAAAAACAACUUCCCACUGAUCAUUUGUCCUCCCCCAGCUUUCCAGUGCAUCCCCCCCACUGUCACUUUCCAAACCACAGAAAGUCAAGAUCCUUUCUUAAAGCGUUUGUUGUGCUCAGGCGACAGAGCUCUUGAAUUCUCUUUCCUUGCGCAAACUUAGCUUUCUGGUUUGUGCUUGGGUGUCUCCUGCAAAAUACUGACCAUCUGGCAGCCCCCUUAAUAUGAGUUAGCAGCUGGAUUAGCCUCAUUGUUUAGGAAAUGUAUGUAAAGUAUCCGUGGGAAACAUCUUAAAAUUGGUCCUUUUUCUUACUGAAAUACGUAUUCCUUUUUUAACUGUGGUGAGCAUUGGCCUUUCUGUGUGGCAGGGCUGUCAUCAAAAAAAGGAUUGGUUCCAGAAUGUAUCAAGGUGGGGCAGUGGCAUCACCGAAACUGUCUGAGGAAGCUGUAUCAGCCCCUCAGAUGAAGGCCAGCGCAUGGCUUUUGCUGUCCCUCUCGCUGCCACUAGGCUUUUCAGCUGAAAGGUGCCAAUGCCAAUUCAAGCAGAAAUGUGCAGAUUCGUAAGGAACCUGUAAGGUUUGGCUUGCUUGCAUGAGUCCUCUGGGCCAGGGCUCCUUUAGGGUACGCUUUGCAGCCCCAAAAUUCCUGAAAGUGGAGCUGGGAGCCUUUCCCUCCCAUGUCGGGGGCUUGAAGAGGGCCAUAGAGAAAGCUACCCCUCCCUCCAUUCACUCUGCGUCUUCUCUUUGCAGCCCCCACCUCCAUGCCGAGACCCCUGUGAGGCGGAGGCUGUUGUGGACAUGGCUGCCGGCGCCCGGGCAUUCUCGGAAGGGAAGAUUGCUGGCCUCUAUGACCUGGAGCGCACUUUGGGCAAGGGCCACUUUGCGGUGGUGAAGCUGGCCCGGCAUGUCUUCACGGGGGAGCGGGUGGCCGUCAAGGUGAUCGACAAGAGCAAGCUGGAUGGCGGGGCGGCCGCUCACCUCCUGCAAGAGGUCCGCUGCAUGAAGCUGGUGCAGCACCCCAAUGUGGUCCGCCUGUAUGAGGUCAUCGACACCCACGCCAAGCUCUACCUCAUCCUGGAGCUGGGCGAUGGCGGGGAUAUGUUCGACCACAUCAUGCAGCAUGAGGGAGGCCUGGGGGAGGAGAAGGCCAAGCACUACUUUGCCCAGAUUGUCCACGCCAUCUCCUACUGCCACCGCCUCCACGUGGUCCACCGGGACCUCAAGCCCGAGAAUGUGGUCUUCUUCCAAGAGCAGGGUGUGGUCAAGCUCACGGACUUUGGCUUCAGCAACUGCUUCCAGCCAGGCACAAUGCUAACCACCAGCUGCGGCUCCUUGGCCUACUCUGCCCCAGAGAUCCUGCUGGGGGACGAGUACGAUGCUCCUGCUGUCGGUAAGAGCUGGGGGGGGGGGCUCUGGUGGCCUUUCGAAGGGGGAAGAUUUGGCAAGAGACGGAGAGGGACAUCCUGAGACCUACUGCACCUUAUUUAUUAUUUUAUUUAAAACUGGAUAACCUGCUCUUUCAAAAAAUAUAGCAAGGCUGCUUACGGCAUGUAAAAUACACAAAACAGUCUAUAAACAUGUAUAAAACAUAAUUAAAAGCAUUGGUGAAUGCUGGUUGGUUAAAAGAAAAAUGUGUAUUCUGAAGGCCUGCCCCAGCAAUCAAAAGACGUCGGAGAGAAAGCAGGGACAGUUUCUGCCACGCUUCCCCAGGUGUGGAGUUUCGCAGGACAGGGCCUGCCACACAAAAGCCUUGGUCCUUCGUGGAGACCAGAUAACAUCAUAAAAGGCCUAGAAGAAUUGUAGAGUUGGAAGGGACUCUGAGGAUCAUGUAGUCCAACCCCCUGCAAUGCAGGAAUAUGCAGCUCUCCCAUACGGAAAUUGAACCUGCAGCCUUGGUGUUACCAGCACCACGCUCUAAUCCAGCCUUCUCUGGCUUGCCAACCUGCCCUCUGGUAUGUUUUGGGCUAAAGUUUCCAUCAUGCCUGGUCAUUGGCCAUGCUGGCUGGGGUUGAUGGGAGUUGUAGUCCAAAACACCUGAUGCCAGAGGCUGGAGCUAUGCCACAACAGUGGGAGACCUUCAUGUGCUCCUUGUGGAUUUGACAGAGAAAGCAAGAGGCCAAGCUCAUGAAAUGGCCCUUUGCUGUGAUCCAGCAGGGCUCAUAUUUCAGCCUUGGAUUAUCAUGAGCCUUUGACAUAUUAGGGUGGAGUUUAAUCCAAUGUCAGUAGUUGUGUUUGUGUAGGACAUAAAUAUAUUCUCUAAAUGUGGCAUUGCCCACACAGAUUCCACAGUGGGACAACAACGCAGCAACAUUUGUAGUAUAUCUGCAAGUUGUAAUAGGAGAACUUGUGUUGCCCUCCCCAGAUUUUGAAAAGGGCAGUCAGCCUUCAAAAUAUGGGCAACAGAUAAAGGUUAGGAGGAUAGAAGUUUCUGCCAUGUUGUCACCAUUUUGGUGGUUAAUUCAAUCUCUGUAAAUACAUUUAGAGGAGAAGGUAUGGAUUAUUUCAAAACAGAGAACAAACAGAACCCUCUUCCCCAUUUUAAAAAAAGGAUUUUCACUAUGAUGCAUGAUGCAAUACCAUCCAGAAUGAAUCUAUGAAUACUGAAUAAUGAUCAGUCUUGCAAAAAUUCAGGUCAUUUUCUGAUUCUCAAAAAUCUCCAAUGUUAAUGAACAAACAACCCCCAGAGCCAAAGGAAGCAAAAUGAUGACAGUCUACAACGUAGGCCCAGGAUGGUUGGGUGUUGUGACCUUUUCCCUUAAAGGGUGGGGGCAGGCAUGGUGGGGAAGCUGCUGAAGGAAGUAAUCACUCACCCGCCCUGUUCUUUUCUGAGCCCUCCAACUUAGCUUGAGUCUCAUGUUGGCAACAGGUAUCUUGACUUGGGUUCCCCAGUAUCUGGCCAUUCUUGGUGACUGCUUCCGUAGGAUUGCAAGAGAGGAGGCGAGUGAGGGCCCAGCCAGGAAUAAAUGUCUAGUGUGAGUUGUGUGCCUGGCCAGUCCCCCUCCCCACCUCCAAAGACUGCCUGAGCUAGAGAAGAGGCCUGGGCAGGGCAGGAUGUGGUGUGUGCGAGGGAGGUUUGUGUGUGUGCGUAUAUGUCUCUUUGCUUGCCUGCUUAGAACUUUUGGUUGCGGCUGCUAGCAGGAAAGAGCAGAGCUUGUUGACAGGUGCAGAGCCUGCCUCCAGACUGUGGCUUCUCCCGGCUGGCAUCCCCAUUGCAGCACCCUCCUGUGACCCGGAGCAUGGGCUGCACAGGACAGGGCACUCAGGCCUGUUGGGCCUCACACCCUGUUGCUCAGCUGACCCUUGGUCUGCCAGUGGCCUUGCCCCAUUAGCCGCCGCCCUUUUCAUGCCAUGCUGCUCCUUGGCAUGCAGGGCACCCUGGUAGCCUGGAGCAGAACAAAGAGAGAGAGAGAGUUUGUAGGGAGCCCUGUGAGUCACCUGUGGCAUUUGCUUGGUUUUCUCUUACCAUUCCUGCGGUGCUGUUCAGUAAAUUGCAGAGGGGAGGGGGGGUUGGAUUAGCUGCUUCUAGAAAGAGAGGGGGGGGUGAGAGAGACUGCUGUUCUGACUGCCUCUCCCACUCCUUGAACAGGGCUGGAUUGUUGGCAUUUUGCAGCCUUUCAUAGACAGUUGUUGCCAGAGGGCCUGAGCACCCUCGCCUGCUUCCUUUGCUCCAUCCUUCCUGCCCCCCUCCUCUUUUCCUUUGCCAAGGCAGCUGCUUGACCUGGGAAGUGAGAAAUGGUGCUCUGGGAAGGAAGAGGUGAGGUCAGAGGGAAAUGGGUGGGAUUUCCUGCCUGCCCAGCAGAGUGUUGUUUUUUUCUUCAAUGGUCCCGGAGCCAUGAGGAGGAGAAUGGCCACUACUUCAGACAGCCGGGGAUGGCUCUUUCAGGCUCUGGGAAUAAUGAACUGUGUGCGUAUGAGAGCCAGCCAUUUCUGCAGCUUGCCAAACUGGUCCAUUGACCAGGAGGCCAGAAGCCUUGAGAAUGGGCUGGAAAAUUAGAAAGGUUUCUGCAGCUUUGGGAAGCUUAUUUUCCCGUCCCCACCCUAACAUUUCUACCAUGUGUGAAACAAAAAGAUGCUUGUUGAGCAGUGCACAUCCCCAUCCUGCAGUGUACAAAGGGAGACCUCUGCCUAGGCAGACCCUAAACUGUGAAAGAUGACGGCUUCCUAGCCUGCAAGAGAGUUCAUCCAGCAGCUUGAGGCCAGUGGGAUCCCUAAAAGGCUUGAGAAGGAUGCCAUGGUGGGUUCCUGCUGUGCUCGGCUCCUCAAAUGGGGCAACUGAGCCAUUGAGCUACACUUGGUUUGGGUUUGAAAGAGGACAUCAAGAACCACAGGGUUGGCAGCCCAAGGCACCCUGCUGCCUCUGACACCCUCCCACGCCACACACAGGAGCUGUUCAGAGCGGCGGCAGCCGACUCUUCCUUCCACCUGUUCUCCACUGCGCAGGAGGGCAGCAGAGCUAGCUUACAAGGGUGCACAGAGAGCUCUGUCUGGAUGCCACCCAAAGGGGAUUGGCAAAAACGGAGGCCUCAGGUGGAAGAGCCAGGGAGCUGCUGCUGCAGCUGGAGCCCCACUCGCUCUGCCUAAUGGGAAGACUGGCCCAGUGAGAACAGGACUGGAACUGAAUGGAGCUGCUUCUCUCAUUGAGCCUAUUGUGCUAUUUGGAGCUGAGCCACUGCAAUAUGCUCUAGGUUUCACCCUGCUGCCUCCAGGGGAGCUCAUGGCCUUGCUAGCCCCUGGGCUUUGUAGGGGGUGUUUGUGAAGUGUCUGUAUGUGUGUGUGUGUGUGUGUGUGUGUGUGUGUGUGUGUGUUGGUUUUGCUGGCCACAGUGCACAUAAAGAUACCAGAUAUGACAACAUGAGGGCAGUGGGGUUGAUGUCUGUGUGAGCAGCACCUGUUGCCUCUUCAACCAUAUACAAAUCUUAAUGCAAAGUUCCAAGAGGAACCAAAAGCUGAAAUCGCAGCAUCCUGCACCUUUGAGGCCAUGUGCCUGUUCUGAGAACGUUGCAGAUUUGCAUCCACUUCCUCCUUCUUCCACCCUUUAGUUGAGGGCCCUGACUAUGUUACAGACAGCUGCAAGCCCUCCUGGCAGCUGAGACCAUUCUUUACGCCCCUGACUGCUGGGAGCCCAGCUACCUGUGAACAGCAACUUGCUACUCUGUUUCUUAGAAGGAAAAUGUUCUGUUUCAGAACAGCUGGUGUUCUCCUCUGCCCCCGCCCCCUGUGCAUGCAUCACCCCACCCUCAAGUCCCCCAGUGGCUGAUUUCUCCUCCCUGCUGCUCCCCCUCCUGGCCACCUGCAGCAACGAGGGCCUUGACUGCAUAGCAGCACCCCUUCGGCUGCUAUUUAUAAGCACGCUUGGAGCAGCGGCUACUCUUCUGUGCUGGCAGUCUGCUUCCUGCUUCCUGUCUCCUCUUAAAGCCAGCUGUGUAGGAGCCUGAGAUAACCUCUCGUUUUUCUUCACAGCCAAGCCGUCAAACUGAGGCAAAUAUGUGGGCGAAGCAAGGCCUGGCUCCACAGUUCUCAGCAACUGGAGGGGGCAAGGGCUUUUUUCCUGGAGUCCCUGUGUCCUAGCUCAGUGUAUGUGUGUGAAAGUGAGACAGAUUGACACCUUGCCCCUUGUCAGUAUCCCCUUUUAGAAGUGGCUUCCUCGCUUCCUGUAUUGAAGGGACUUGCAGCUGGUCCUGGGGCCCCAGCCCGUUGCUGGAGGGUGGGGUGUGUGGGCUGGAGUUGGGUUGACUGAUGGGGUCAUUGGUUUGUGGGCAAACAAGUCUUGCUUGCAGUAACAAGUGGUGGACACACACAGCCUGUCGGCUGUCCAAGGUCCACCUCAUUCCCACCAUGUGGCAACACACUGACGGAGAGUUGAGAAUAACUGCGAGAACCCACUUGCUGUAAGCAGCCUAGCCAGUUAAGAACAGGAUGUGGUAGAGUUGGGGAGGCCACUGGAGUUGCAUGCCCCUCACACCCAAAGCCCCUCUCUUUAUGGGCUCGUCCACACUUCCACUUCUCCCAUGCCUAGAAAGCAUGGGUCCAAGCGGUUUUCCCCUUGUCCCACUCCUUUCCAAGGGGAAACCCAUUCUUUAAGUCUGCAUCAAAGCAAAUGUAAACCUGGAGCAAACCUGAAUUGUUGUUUCCUUCAACUGAGCACUAAAGAGUGGUUUUUCUGUGUGGAAAGCCACAGGAAAAGGGGGAAGUGUGUAUAUGCCCUAAGCGGCAUGAGGAACAUGCCACACACAAUAUUUUUCUAUCUCUCACCCGGGGGCAGCUUUUGCAGGCCGCAUUCUUUGUUAAGCAUUUGGUUUUAGUCUUGCAUCAGCAUUCCAGAGCACCCUUCUGCCUCAGGCACUGCUGCCUUCCUCACUGCAGGGGGGGGGCUUCCCUAUUCCUGAACUACUCCUGGGGCACCAUGGGGUGGCAGGGGCAGCCCUCUCCCUGCCUGCAUCUCCCUUGCAUGUGCCAACAUUCUGCUCCUGGAAUAAUUAGCCAGAUAGCCAGCCUUCAGACUGGUCUGGAUGGGAAAGAUCAUAGCUAUGCUGUAGGGCCCUGAAGUCUGGGUGGGUGUGUCCAUGUGCAGCUUCUCAGGCAUCUGCUUUGAAGGGGGGCCUCUGGCUCUGUUGAUUUCAGGGGCCCUUUCCUCCCCAGGGCCCAGCUAUGCAAAAGAAAGCAAGUCCCAGUGCUGGCAAUCAGCACCUCUGAUGACACCAGUGGGACCCCAUGUUUUGGAGCAGUUUUGUUGAUGAUAAUGAUGAAUGAUGAUGAUAGUUGCAAUGAAUGCACAGAUAGUUGUGUGAAUAUUCAUUCACCAUUAAAAAAAACAAAAAACCCAUACAAUAAUAAAAACCUGAGGAGGAGAAGCCUUUGUUUUCCAAGGACCUUCAUGUGCCCUUCAGAUGCUGCUGGUAGGAGGAGAGAUGGCUCACCCCACAGCUGAAGGCUGUACAGUGAGGGUGGGGUUUUUUAAUAUUACAGCCACCUCUCCACCCUGAGAUUUCAGCAGGCAUUGGCUACACACACACACACACACACACACACACACACACACACACACGAGAGAGAGAGAGAGAGAGAGAGAGACUCUGUGACUGCUGCCCAUUACUGUCUCCCUCCUUGUUGAUUUGGGAAAGGGAGGUAAGAAGACUCUUUCAACAAGCAUGGCAGUGCUACUGCUGCAACCUGUUCUGUUGAAACCAGGGAGUUUCUCAACAACACUCCUACCUCUGCACACAUCCCUUGCAGAUCUCGGACCUGCCUGCAACUGUCAGUAGACAAUCACCCCCACUUUCUGUAGGAUCCACCUAAUGGCAGUGUGCUGUCAAGGGUGUUGUGAGGGGGACUGAGUUUCAGUUAUUACAGCAGGACCCGACAUUUCCUGUUCCUUCCACUACCCCUUCCCUAGUUUUUAAACCUGGGUGCAGAGCUAGGGAGACCCAGGCACAUAUCAUAGUUUCCUGGAGGUGUUGAUAAAGUAGCAUUUGGAAAUUUGAUGCAAAUGCGUGCUAUGAACUGUGCCCCGAGUCAUUUAAAUGCUUCGCAGUGCCCCCUAAAAGCCAGAACAACAGAGAGGGUUGCUGCAGUUGCAGUCUUUCUGGGUGGGAUGGGGAACAGCUUUAGGCAUAUCGGGUGGGCAUGCAAGGGUAAAAUUGGAAAGGUCCCCUGGGUGGCCUUGGGGUCCUUUGACCCACUUGGGCAGAAGCGCCUAGCAGGAGGCGGAAGAAACAGCUCUUGCCAAGAGCUUGCCUGAGCCGAUUAUGCUCCAAAGGAUUUGAGGCCCCCACCGCACUGCUUAUCUCUUGGGCCAUCUGUGCUCUGUCCCCUCCUUUCCUCUGCCUCCAAGAGCUUUGCCCACCCCCCUCUCCAGGCUGCCUUCUUUCCCUGCCUUGUCCAGUCCUGCUGGGAGAGUCCAACUUGUUUUCAUCUGCAGAGAAUCCAAACCCAGGGCUCAUCUUGGUGGUUCUUGAGUUGGGGGCAGGGGGCAAGAGACAACAUCAUCCGUGGACCUCCAGACAUUGUUGGGCUCCCCCUCCCUCCAGCCAGCAUCCCAGCCAUUCAGCCGAAUGGUGAGGAGUUGGAAUCCAGUCAGGAAGGUGGGCUCUGGCUCUCAGGCCAAGAGGGAGAUGGAAGGAGCCUUUUCCUGUCCUCCUCCACACCUUUCACUGCUGCUUCCUUCUCUCAACUUACUCGGCCCUGCACCUCCCUCCCAAAUCCAGGACAGCCAAGGUCCUUGGGCACCCCUCUCUCCUUUCCCCCAUUUUUGGGGGGUUUGCAAAUAACAGGCUUUUUUGCUUAGGGUGUGCCGGUCCUUUUUUCAUCUUAGUCCUGAGUUGGAAGGCAUACAUUAUACAGGAUGAGGUGUAAGUAGGACUACCCUUGGGACUGAUCUGGAGGCUGCAGUUGGUGCAGACAUUGGCAGCCAGGGGGCUUGUGGGGGCAAAUGACCCUCUAGCAUAAAAUGCCUUGCUUGUGGAAUUUGCACUGUUUGCAAGGCCAAGUUCAAAGUGCUGGUCCUGCCCUGUAAGGCCCCAUGCAGCUCAUCAAAUGCUUGCAAUUAAUGCCACUUGUUGUUUGAGCUUGAUCAAUGAAAAGUUACAACGUUUUGGUUCAGGGCUGUGGAACUGAGGUGGGCUGGUGAACUUUGGGAGUGCUCACCUGCAUUUACGCCAUUUAUCCCCCACCUUCUUCCCUCCAGGGAGCUCAUGGCGGUGUACUUGAUUUUCCUUUUCCGAAUUCUGUCAUCACAACAACCCUCUGAGGUAGUUUAGGCUGAGAGUGAGUGAGUGGCCCAAGGUCACCAAGGGAGCUUCAUGGCUGAGUGGGGGUUUGAGCCUGGAACUCCCAGGUCCUAGUCUGACACUCACAGGAUCUCCAUAGGACACUGAGGCUGGGGAGAGGUUCUGAUCCCUCUCACGGUUCUGUGGCAUUAAGGCUACCUUCCUUUUCCGCAGCAGCCUUAGUUUUACAAAGUGGUGCUGUGGUGGAAAGCCAAUAACUUGUUGGAGUGCUUGUGUGGGGGUCUCUCUAUUUCAGGCCAAUGAUCACUGUUCCUCUCCUGCUUUCUGUCUUUCUCCAGAUGUCUGGAGCCUGGGAGUCAUCCUGUACAUGCUGGUCUGUGGGCACCCGCCUUUCCAGGAAGCCAACGACAGUGAGACGCUGACCAUGAUCCUGGACUGUCGCUAUGAGACCCCCCCUCAUGUCUCCUCCGAGUGUGCAGAGUACGACCAGACCCCCCCCUCCCAACUCACUCCCCCCACACCUGUCAUGCAGGCAGGGUGUCCCUCCACCACCCCACUUGCCCUCACCAGGUGUGGCAACCGGGUCUUGCACCUCCUUCCUCCCUCCAGACAGAAGGCACCUGGGUUACCUGCCCAAAUUGUAGCCCUGCCCCUUUGCUGACCCUGUGCCCUCCAGGCUCUGCCCAAAGCAGCAUGGUUGUUGUAGAGUAGACCCUAGUGGGCAUAAGGUUGGGAAAGAAUGAGGGUUCUGGAUCCUUCCGUCCUUGCCCCCUCCCCCGGGGCUGGGCCUGCUCCCUGUGGGGAAUGGUGUGAGAGGUCAGGCAGGCAUGCCUGAGAUGGGACACAGUGCCCUUUCACAUGCUCCCCCCUUUGUCCCAGGCUCCCUCUGUCCGUGGGGAAGGAAGGGGGGGGGGCUAAGGCUGACUGAGCUCCAGGCAGCAGCAGGCCCUGUAGGACCCGGCUGCCCCCACUUAGAGACCAGCAAUGACAAGAGUCACAUGAACACAUAGGGUGGGAAGAGAUCUUGCCAUGGGUUGGGGUGGGGAGUUCAGCCUGCUGCUGCCUAUCUGUGUGGGGUGGGGCUUCACAGGAGGGGAGCGGGAAAGAUGUGAUAUCUGAGGGCCUCCGCGUGACUCUGCCCCCCCCAUACACCCCUUCUGUUGGACAGCCUGAUCGCCCAGAUGCUGCAGCGGGACCCCCAGAAGAGGGCCUCCUUGGAGCAGAUUGAGAGCCACCCGUGGCUGCAAGGUGUGGACCCCUCCCCUGCCAGCCGCUCCCUCCUGCCUUUGACGUCGCACAGGCGGGUCUCGGAGGAAGAGCACGGCAUCAUCAUCCAAGCCAUGAUGUGCGGCAACAUUGCGGACCGAGAGACCAUCCAGGAGUGAGUCUCCCAAGGGUGGGAGGAGGAAUCUGAAUUUCCAUCCGACAGGGCUCUGGUUGGCUGGGAGGAAAGUGGUGGUAGUGGGGAGCAGGAAGAGAGGACUUACUCAGAAGUAAGUGCUUUGGGGGCUGCCCCCUCAGGCUAGCCCUGCCCUCCUUCCUAACCCCUCACCAGAUGCUGUGGGCUGCUCUCCUCAAGAGUCAUAAGGAAGGCUGCUGCGGCUACUCCUCAUGUGGAGGACUUCUGCCCUGGAGCCACCUGCUUUCGCUCCUGGGCUGGGUCAGCUUUGGCUAACCUGAGGCCUUUCAGAUUAUUUGGACUACAGUUCCCAUGAGACCCAGCCAGUGCUUGUCACUUCCAGCACCGCUGUGCUGGCUGGGGCCGAUGGGAGUUGUAGUCUAAAACCUUGGAGGGCCUCAGGCUGGGAUAGGCUGGUCCUCUUUGACCAAAAGCAUCUCAUUGGUUGAGACGAGCCUGUUGGCAGUGAGUGCCCUCUCAGCAUUGGGGGUUUUCUGCCAGGAGAGGCUUUGGGCAUCUUGCCUCUUUCGUCCUUCCUGGAGUUGAGGCUGCUUUCCCCUCCCCACCUCCUUUGCCCUUGUAUCACCUCCACAUGCCCCUUGCAGGGUCCUCCGAGGGUCCCCUUGACUUCUGUCCCUUGCAUCCCCUUCUGCACAGAGCCCUGGAAGCCAACCACUACAACCACGUGACGGCCACCUACUUCCUGCUGGCUGAGAGGAUCCUGCGGGAGAAGCAGGAGAAGCAGAGUCCUGGAGCCAGCCUGGCCUACAACCUGGCACAGCACGUCCAGAGCAGGCAAGUCUUGGGCUCCUUGAGGCUGGGGUUUGCUUUGACCAUUACUGCAGCUUUCUGAGCAUCUUCCCUUUCGCCUCUUUCUCUCAGGAGCUCCUUCAGCGCCAUGGGGGACCCCGGCCAACCGCUGCCAACCGCAGGCAAAAGCCCUCAGCCACUGCCCACAACCAAGAGCGCCCUGGAGGCCUUUGCAGAGCAUUCUGGGAAGUCCCUUCUGUCCUUCUCUGCACUGGGGGAGGAUGAGUCACCUUCCAGCUUCCACGGGUGCGGGCAGCCCAUCAGAGCCCUGAUCCGGCCCUCACUGAUCGAGACCCCCAUUGCCAAGAGCACCCCCGCCCUGCAGCAGAUUUCGGAGGAGGAAGAGGAGGAGGAGGAAGAAGAAGAGGGGAAGCCUGGCCUGUUCCGCAGGAGGACGUCUUCCCUGAACCAGGAGCAGAUGAGCGACUUCCAGAGUGCCAAGGCUUCCUUGCUCUUCUGCCGGAGUCUUGCGUCCCACAACAAAACAGGGAAGGCUCUCGGCCCAGGAUUCCCCAAGGCCCGCAGCGGCCCGGAGCCUCAAGGGCCUGAGGGUGGCCUCUCCCUGGCAGCGCCACAGAGGCCUCCAUGCCCGCAAGGCGAACGGGAGGAAGGCACGGGCACUCAGGUGGGCAGCAGCCUCUGCCUGCCACAGGAGGUGGGCCCAGAAAUGCCAGCAGAAGGAGGCCCAAGAGGCAGUUCUUGGAUGGGCGGCGAGGAGAGGAGGAAGGGCAGUGCCAUCUUGGAGGCAGUGGGCAGAAGGGAGCAGCCCCCAGGGAAGGAGGAAGAGGCCAACAACAACACCCCCCCAGGGAAAGGAGGCACCAGGGCGGGGGAGGAAGAAAGACUCUUGAAGAAAGAGCACGGGCCACGGAAUGACGAUGAGACUCUGGCUCGGGGCAGCUGUGGCCAGAGAGCUGCUGAGAUGAGCCCAGCCUCAGACCCGGAAGGCCAGUUCCGAAAAAGCCCUGAGAUGGGACCAGCCCAGAGGCCGAAGCAGGACGGCCACCGGAACGGCAGUGGCAGUGAGGGCCUGGCAGACGUGAUCAAGCUGGACCCUGCCAAGGGCAAGAACGCCAACCUGAAGGACCGGAUCCUGCAGUUCCCGCUCUGCGAGAAGGCCCUCGCGUUCCGGAUGCGGCCUGCCUCCAAGGAGAGCCUCCUCUCUCUGGGACAGUUCAACUGUUGCCACGUCAUCUGAGCCGUGCGUCUGCAUCUGCAAGAGAGGGAUGUGGGCCGAGGAGGGGGAUGGCGGCGUUGGUGGAAAGGGCAAGGCCCCCAGCCAGAGGGCCUCGGGUCGCUCCAUUCCCAUCAUCCUCUGCUCCCAGUGAACGGCUGCCACCAUCCUGCCCACCCGCCUGCCUGCCUGCCUGAGAAUUGCAUUUUGACUCUCGCUCUGUAUAUCUGCUUGAAUCGGGUGAACCAAAUGGCUGCUCCUCUCCCUCUCCCCCCCUUGUCCCAGCUGAUGCUGCCCAAAGGCCACAGCCCCCACCCACCCCCUUAGUUCACAGCAUGCUGAACCUAAAUCUCCACCCAAGACCAGGGUGUGGGUGUUUGUGUGCCCAGAGCUUCUCAACAGCAAAUCGGCAGUUCCGAUUCCGCUGGGAGCUCUGGGGCAGCUCAGCUGGAGAGAGGCCAAUGGGUCUAUGGAGGCCUGUUUCCUCCUAUGUCCCCCUGCUAGAGGCCAAGGGUGCCUGUCGCAGAGGCAAAACGGAUGUCCCUGGUCCUAAAGCUGACAGAGGCGUUGUGGGUGGAGAUUCUUUCAACCUCCUUUACAGUGGCCAAAGGGCAACCUUUCUCUCCCACCACCCCAGCAAGGCUCCCCAUGUGAGUCUUGCCACGUGGGUCCCUGCAGGUUUACUUGUCCUAAACAGGUCAGCUUCUUGCCCCUAAGGCCAACUCAGAUGGAAGCCACGUUGCUCCCGGCCACCUUCGCUCUGCUUCCAAGCCCCGGCCACUAACUGCUGCUUGGCUGUGCCUGUCGAGGCAUCCCAGAUUGUGACUGUUUGAGCUGAGCUCCCGGAUGCUGUUUCCCCUUUCCUGCCAGGGAGGGACCAAAAAGCCAACUCUGGCCUGCAUUUGCUAGUGGCUGCCUUUGCUUUAAGCUGACAUGGCAAGCUUUGUAGUUGCAAAGGGGCAGCAGACCCAGGCCUGGACUCAAGCUCCUCUUCAGGUGCCCUGGAAAGGCCCCUGGCUGCCUCUUCUCCUCCCUGGGCUAGGAGUCCAACAGUGUUGGCUGGCCGAGGCCGCCUCUUCCUACCCCAUCACCUCCCAGUCCAGCUGGAAUCAGAGCCAGGCUGCGGGGAGGUGCAGAUCAAGCACCAAUCUGGGGUCAAAAUUAGACACACCCCCCCUGUGGGGUAGGACAACUCCUGAGCAUCAAUGCCAAAAGCGGCUACUAAUGUCACCACCUCUCCUAUGGGCCAGGUGACUGAGGUUGUGGCACUGCACCCAUGGCAGGGCUGAGAGCGCCCCCCUCUUGGUCUUUCCUAACUGCUGGGUGUGGGUCCAGAAGGGGUGCUGAUGGGGCUCUUGCUUUGCCUUUAUGAAGGCAUCCCUCUCCUUUAGCACUAUCCAUGUUGUUUUCGCCCUGCCCCUUAUGGACUAGCUGCUUGGUUUGAGUCCCUGCUGGCCUGUGCAUUGGAAGGACCCCCUGCAUCUGGCUGUGAGCUGCCUGCCUCUUUCUGGCCAGUCCCCCUGGACCGCUUUCCGAGGAGCCGCAUGCAUUUCUCUUCCAAAGCAUCCCAGCUCUGCCAAGCCUGAAGAGGUGAGGUUUUUAUAGCAAUUGAAAUAUUUUUUAAGAAUAGUCUAUUUUAAUGUAACAUAGAGAAGGCUCUGUAUCCCUUUCCCCUGCAAGCCCAGGGAUUUCCCUGGGCAGCAAAUGCACUUUUUAGGAGUCAACUAGCCAUGCUCUUCUCCCUGUCUGUUCCUGCCCCCCCUGCCCCCGUUUGCCAGCAAUGUUGCCCCUACUUCCCUUCCCUUCUUUUUCUUCCGUCCUCCUGAAGGACUUUGCCAGUUUGGGUGGGCUGGAUGAAGGAGGGCCAAAGGAGGAGGGUGCCACCACAGAUGAUGGCUCCUGGCCAUGCUGGGAGGGACUUCUGUGUGUGUGUCUGUGUGUGUGCGCGCGUGUGUGCAUCACAUACACCCCCCUCCCCAUUGCGUUCCUCCCUCCUUCCCCCCUUGAAGUGCUGCCAAUCCUCAUCCGCCUCCCCAUUUAUGCCCUACACCGAAACCUCCAUCUUCUCUCUGAAACUCUUCCAGGAAAAUAAGCUUUCUGUGUAUUAUUAUUAUUAUGAUAUUAUUGUUAUUAUUAUUAUUAUUAUUAUCAUCGUCCUUCUUUCUUGCUGGCAAGAAAUGAAUUGGGGAUUUGAUUGCUGAGCUCCCGCUGGGUUCUGUAUCAAGUGCACUGACUGGAUCUAAGGCAGCAAGUGGAGUCCAAUAAAAUGGCUGUGCUGGACUCUGGA